GACAGCGCGAUGCCGCGGGAGAGCUGCUGGCGGGGGCGUUGGGAUCCCGGAGCACCAUGAGCCUCAGGUUCCUCGCCGUUCCGGGCUGAUGAGCAUUGCGCACGCUGCCUCCAUUUGCCUACAGGUCUCGGAUGCGAGGGCGGCAGCGGCCGGUCCAGACGCGGGAAGACCACACGGGGCUACGUCUUUAUCCACCCGCGACGGAGAAGCGGUUCCAUCCACAGCGGCGCUCUGGGAUUCCUAAGGUGUCGGGCCCGGGGCCGCCACCGCCACCUCGGCCUCUGCUGCUGCCCCCGCCGCCGCCUUGUUUCCCCAUCACCUGUCAUGGCCGAGGAGCUUUCCGCGGCCACGUCUUACACCGAAGAUGAUUUCUACUGUCCCGUGUGUCAGGAGGUGCUCAAGACGCCGGUGCGGACCACGGCCUGUCAGCACGUUUUCUGUAGAAAGUGUUUCCUGACAGCAAUGAGAGAAAGUGGAAUACAUUGUCCCCUGUGUCGUGGAAAUGUGACUAGAAGAGAGAGAGCAUGUCCUGAACGGGCCUUAGACCUUGAAAAUAUCAUGAGGAAGUUUUCUGGUAGCUGCAGAUGCUGUGCAAAACAGAUUAAAUUUUAUCGCAUGAGACAUCAUUACAAAUCUUGUAAGAAGUAUCAGGAUGAAUAUGGUGUUUCCUCUGUCAUUCCAAACUUUCAGAUUUCUCAAGAUUCAGGAGGGAACAGUAAUAGGAGUGAAACAUCCACAUCUGAUAACACAGAAACUUACCAAGAGAAUACAAGUUCUUCUGGACAUCCCACCUUUAAAUGUCCCUUGUGUCAAGAAUCAAAUUUUACCAGACAACGUUUACUGGAUCACUGUAACAGUAAUCACCUAUUUCAGAUAGUUCCUGUGACGUGUCCUAUUUGUGUGUCUCUUCCUUGGGGAGAUCCUAGCCAGAUUACUAGAAAUUUCGUUAGUCAUCUAAAUCAAAGACAUCAGUUUGAUUAUGGAGAAUUUGUGAAUCUUCAGCUAGAUGAGGAGACCCAAUAUCAAACUGCUGUUGAAGAAUCUUUUCAAGUAAAUAUCUGAAGACUGUAGUCAUCUCUGCAUCUUUGUACCUGCAAGUGCCAUCUUUUAAGAGAAAAGUACAUGAAGUCAUCGUUUUCAGUAACUUGAUGUGUAUAUUAAUAAAAAUAAUUCAGUCUAUUGUUUUAGUUUUUUGAUUGAAAAAUAAAGGUGGGCCAUCUAAAACUUCAUCUUCUGGAUAAGUAAAAAUUGAAAAUUUAACAUUUGUUUGAAAAGCAUAAAAGAUUACAUUUCAUUAAUGUUGUGAAAGGGAGGAAUCCCUAUUGUAUUUUUUUAUAUUACACAUAUUCUUAAAUUUUUCAUUAUUAUGUUGUUUUUAAAAUUUGAUGCAGUUUCCUCUCACUUUAUUUUACACAGGUAACACACAAUAGGAAAUUCUGAAAGAUACAAUUGAUAUAAAUAAACAAUUCUGAGCCAGAUACUGGAGUUGCAGAAUGCAGACUUGAAGUGCUAAAUGAAAUGAUCCAAAGGAAAGUUUUUAAAUACAGAUUCUAGCUAAUUCAAGUAUUAGAAAAUUGUAUUUAUAUAAAACUAUUAGUAUUUUUGAAGAAUAGUGAGAUUUCUUUAAUAAUUUUUAACUAUUUAAAAAAGUGAAAGCUCAUUAUAAAGGUAUUUUCUUUUCCUGUUAGAAGAAAAUACCAAGAUAAACAUUUCUUUGAACAAGUAAUUUCAGUCUUCUUUGAUUCAUUUGUAAAUCUGAAAUUUACUAAGCUAUCUAACAGCUCUUUGGCCUCAGAAUUUUUAAGUCAGUGUUUCUGAUUGGCUAAGAUCAAACUUACUAGAAACAUUCAAGUUUGUCUUCAUUUCACUUUAGAAAGUCAUUCAAAGUUAAAAAUAUAUGUGUAUAUACAUAUACUGCAUAUGUAUAUGCACACACCUAUAUAUACUUGCAGUUUGUCAAGUUUUAUAGAAUUUUUGUUAAAGAUUUUAACAAUGAGCAGGCAAUAUAAGAUUGAGUGUUUAUCAGAUUUGACACAAAUUUUGUAUAUCACCAAAUGUUUAAAAUUAGUCAAAUGCUACAUGGUCUGGUUGGCUGGUAUUACACCUUAAAAUCAGUUUACACACACAAAUUAUCUGUUUCAAUGGUGCUCAUUUGUUAUUCUCAAAGGUAACAUAUGAUUAUGAUAAUAAUGAGACAGAUUCUGCCAGUCACUCUGUUUCAGUGCUUUUAAAUCAAAACUGGGUUAGUUCUUCAUAUUCAUUAAUGGGACGCAUAUUUUGUGGAAGGCAAAUCACAUACUAAAUGAUGAAGAGUGGAUUAGCUGACAUUCCAUACUAAUAUGUGUUGUUUAUGCUUUCGUUAACUAGAUACAAAAGAAAAUCUCAGUAGUUUGCUGCUAAUAUAUACAUAUAUUGUAUAAAAAGGUAUAUUUUGGUUUUGUUAAAACCCUUGUUGACUUUUCUACAGUGAACUUUUUUUAACUUGAUUUAAUAAAAAUGUUAAUUUUGGAAGUGGAGUUUUGUAAAACCCUUUUUCAGUCUAACAGUAAUGACUUUAUGCAUUAUAGUAACAAUCACAAAAGCCAUACAUCUUAAUGAACAUAACUUUGUUCUGUCAUUCUAAAGAGUGAAAUUUACUGUGUGCUUGAACAUUUUCCCUGCAGUUACAUGAGCAUAAUUUUAAGAAUAGCUGUAGUUUUAAAGUGAUGACUAUAGUUUUUACCAGUUUAAAGCAAUAACUUUAGUAGCUUCUUUCAAAAUGUGAUAUGUCCAGUCCAGUAUGCCAAAUGAAACCAUUCUUGUACUUAAGAACUUUAAAGGAAAGUUGUAGCAGAGAUCAUCUUGAUGAAACUGUGCUUUGAAAUUUUAUGGAUGACUUACAUAUCAUUAAUAGUCUUGUGUCUGAUGACCCUUUUUAUAAAGAAAAUAGUGACUUUAUUUACUUUGGGAACUCCUUGGUGCGGAAAUGAUUGUUUAAAAUCUCCCCUCCUUUUGUUAGUUGAAUGGGAUUAGGGAUAAGCUUUAGAGAUUUAAUUCAUGGAAGAGUCCUUAUUUUUAAUAUUGUUUAUAGCAGAGUCAAGAAAGCAGAGGGAAACUGUAAUGAUACUCUGAACCUAAAUUUAGCUACCACAAAGGCAAGCUAUUUCAGCAGAUUAACAGUUUAUGUUGUUAAACAUAGAGUCUUGAGAUGUAUUGCUUUUUUUUUUUUCAAUUAAAAGUUGUUUUCUCCUCCUUGUGUGUCUAAUUACAGUUUUGUCUAGAGGAAAACAACUUUGAUAACUCAUCCUGAAAGACAUGUUGGAGAUAACCU